AACACAUGACUUCUACUUAUUUUUGACACAAAUGGAACCCUUUCAUUUUUGACACAAAUGGAACCCCAUAUAAAUAUGGCGGCGAAGCGACGUAGAAGCCUCUUAUGCGUUUGCUCUUCUAAUGUGUCUAUGCUCUAUGAUAGCAAAGGGAUCUGAUCAUGCCUGUGAAAGCUGCAUACUGGUCGUGAGGAAUCUAACAUACAAUACUGAGAAUGAUGACAAGGUGUAGCUGGGAAUACCUCGAACACAAAGGAGCUUCUUUGUUUAUGGUUUAAGCUAAGCUAAUGACCCUCUGGGGUGAAUUUGUGAUCUACUUAAGAGUAUUCAAAUCUGGUGUUAAGUUAAGAGACGUUUUUGCGUGUCUGUAAUGGACAGCAGCAACAUUUAUGUUCGAGAAAGAGGCAACCUUCGUCGUGUGAGUGACAUUAUUCUGGCACAACCAAAAACACCACCGUCAUCAUCAUGCAGGAGGACGAAUCCGUUUGUGCUGAGGAAGGAGCAUUUCAUUUUCACCUACAACGAGGAAGGAAGUCUGAGAUACACCACUAAAUCCCUCUUUGACAUCACUCUGCUGUUCGUUACUGACAACAUCCAGCAUGUGGACUCUUUGGUUGGCUUCCCAGAGCAAAUAGGCGACAGACUUUUUGUGGCAGCAGAAGAGAACCGCGUGUUUUUAAACCCAGAUAUUUCUCAGAAAGCCUUGAAAUUAUUCAGUGACGCAUAUGGAGAUUUGGUGCUGGGCUCACUCUGUCUUAGAAACAGGUUUCCACUCCUGCAUGAGCGGAUCACCGAGAUAAAAGCAUUUCAUAGUUUAAAGUCUCUGGAUUUGUUUGGCUGCAGACUAGGAGAUGAUCAUGAGCUGUUCCAUCACCUCACUUCCACGUCACUGGCGAACAGCCUGACUCGGCUGUUUAUUGGUGGCAACCAUCUGUCAGAUGUUGGCCUGCAAAGAUUGACCGCGCCUGUCCGGGUGAUGCAGAAAGGACUGGACUCCCUGGAACUCCUGGAUGUUUCCUGCAAUCCCCUCUCAGAAAUGGCUUUGAGAUACCUUACCUGUCUCCCAAAGCUGGUGAAGCUUGAUGCAUCUGGGACCAACAUGAAACUUGGCACAGGAUUGAAGACAACCGUGUGGAACUUAUUAGGGCUAAUUCAUUCGGAGAAACCACUGAACACCUUUGAUCACUCGGGGUGUAAAACAGAAGGAUGGGCAGAACAGGUUGUAAAUCAGUGGGAAACGAGUGGCUGCCAGACGCCCAAACCGAAGAAAAUGGAAGAGUCAAGGGCCUCAGCACUUCGCUUCUUUGGCAGACAAAAGUUUGUCAGAGAGGUACUGAAUGCAGCACCACUGGUCAGUGAGGAUGGCAAGCAGACCAAUAUGGAGAAAUUACACUUCUACAAACCAACAGGAAACAAUCAUCUGUGUGGGAAAAUGGAUCCAUCCACAACAAAAUGUCUCCAAGCUAGGAAUCCCACCUGUAACGUUGCAAAGACGAAGCAAGAGUCAAGCAAGUGUGACGCUUCUCAUCAAAGCCCUCCGACUAAGACAAAACGCUCAUCCUCAUUAGUUCUCACAGCAGAGGACACGGAGUUGUUGAACAGCUAUUGAAUAAUGGAAUCCUCUGGGCAGCAUUCCAAAAUAAUCAGACAUGGGAGCGGCAGUCAACAUGCUGCAUUCACACAAACUAUUAGCAGUUCACAUAUACGUAACAAAGGAAGUGUUUUGGCUUUAUUUUUUAUUUUAUUUUUUUUAAGAUGAAUAAAAUUUUGUAUUUUGCCAGAG